AUGGAAAAAGGAAGAGAUAAGCUGGCCAUUGGGCCCCAAAUCUCUGAAAUGGGGACAGAGAUUGAAAGGCUUCUUGAAAGACAUGGCACAAUGGCUUCUUCACAGUUUUUGGCAUUUUCCAAAUAUCCAUAUCAAGAGACUCAAGCUAUCUCUCAAGCAGCUGAAAGCAUGGAAGCUUCGAAGCAGGAUUUGAAACGAGAACUUCACCAGAAGCAUAAACGUUCAUUGCUUCCAAGUGACGUGUUACCUGCUGAUGUUCUCAUGAUGAUUACCAAUGUAUCUGGAUGUCUGCCUUAUAUGCUGCCACCAAAAUGCCCAGACAAUUGUAUGACCAGGAAAUACAGACAUAUCACCGGAGCUUGCCAGAACAGGGCACAUCCUAGAUGGGGAGCCUCCAACACAGCUCUGGCUAGGUGGCUUCCUCCAGUUUAUGAAGAUGGACUAAGUCAGCCCAAAGGAUGGAAUUACGGUUUCCUACAUAAUGGAUUUCCAUUGCCAUCGGUGCGUGAAGUGACAAGAAACAUUAUUGAGGUAUCUAAUGAGGCUGUUACUGAAGAUGAGCGACAUUCUGAUAUGAUCACUGUGUGGGGGCAAUACAUCAGUCAUGACCUUGCAUUUACGCCACAGAGUGUAAAUCGACCUUCCUCUCUGGAAGAAGCAGACUGUCAACUGACAUGUGAAAACAGGAGUCCGUGUUUUCCAAUACAGGUUUUUGCCAAUGAUACGUUCUCCACGAGUCUGAACUGCCUGCCAUUUUACCGCUCAUCCCCUGCAUGUGCCACUGGUCACCAAGGAUUUCUCAUAGGAAACCUCUCUGUCUUAAAUCCAAGGCAACAGAUUAAUAGCCUCACCUCCUUCCUUGAUGCAUCAACUGUUUAUGGCAGCACACCUGCAACAGAGAACAAACUGAGGAACCUGACAAGCGAAGAGGGCCUCCUGAGAAUAAACAUGCGGUAUUUUGACAAUGGCCGCGAAUACCUUCCUUUUGUGGCCCAGGUGCCUUCCCCUUGCGCUCAAGAUCCCAAGGCAGACAAAGAAGAGAGGGUUGAAUGCUUCAUGGCGGGAGACAGUCGAGCUAGUGAAGUCCCUUCCCUAGCAGCUAUGCAUACACUUUGGUUGCGAGAGCACAACCGCCUGGCAAAAGCGCUGAAGAAAGUCAACCCUCACUGGAGUCCUGAAACUGUCUAUCAAGAGGCCCGCAAAAUCGUUGGCGCGCUGCAUCAGAUUAUUACCCUAAGAGACUACAUACCAAAAAUCAUUGGACCAGGUGCUUUUAACCAAUACAUUGGUGCUUAUAAAGGCUAUGUUCCCACAAUGAAUCCUUCAGUAUCCAAUGUAUUUACUACGGCAGCUUUUCGCUUUGGCCAUGCUGCAAUUCAUCCAGUCAUAAAGAGACUCGACGUACAGUAUCAGAAUGAUCCAAAUCUUCCUAAUCUUCAAUUGCACGAAGCUUUUUUUACCCCAUGGAGACUUAUUAAAGAAGGUGGCUUGGAUCCCCUGCUAAGAGGAACUUUGGCAACUGCUGCAAAACUACAGGUACAGGAUCAGUUGCUGAAUGAGGAGCUAACGAAGAAGCUAUUUGUGUUGUCUCAUAAUGGCUCUUUGGAUUUAGCAUCAUUAGAUUUACAGCGGGGACGUGAUCAUGGACUCCCAGGCUACAAUGACUGGCGAGAAUUCUGUGACCUGCCAAGGCUAAGGACGGAAAGUGACCUGACAAAAGCGAUACAGAACAGGACGACGGUGCAAAAAAUCAUGGGACUGUACAAACACCCUGACAAGAUGGAUUUGUGGCUAGCGGGCAUAGUAGAAAGCAUGCUUCCAGAUGCCAGAACAGGUCCGCUGUUUGCAUGCAUAAUUGGAAAACAAAUGAAAGCAUUGAGAGAUGGUGAUCGAUUUUGGUGGGAAAACGACAAUGUUUUCACUGAAGAUCAAAGGCGGGAACUCAGAAAAUAUUCCUUAUCCAGUUUAAUCUGUGAUAACACAGGUCUCACUGAAGUGCCCCUUGAUGCCUUCAUACUUGGGAAAUUUCCUAAAGAUUUUGAGCCUUGUGAAAAUAUACCCAGCAUUCAUUUAGGAGCUUGGCAGGAAACGUUUCACCCAGAGUUGAAUUGUGGUUUCCCAGCAAGAGUGGAACAUGGUGACUUUGUCCAUUGUUCAGAGGCAGGGAAACUCAUUGUCACCUACUCAUGCCACCAAGGAUAUGCGCUAUUAGGAGAAGAACAAUUGUGCUGUAUACAGGGGAAAUGGAAUUUGAAAGCACCAGUCUGCCAAGAUAUCAACGAAUGUGAAAACAAAACCAACCCCCCAUGCCACUCCUCAGCUCAAUGUGUCAACACCCAAGGCUCAUUCCAAUGUCUUUGCACAGAUCCCUAUGAACUGGCAGAAGACGGGAAAACAUGCAGAGAUUCUGGAAGGCUUUCCAAGGGUUCUCUAGUCUCCAUCAUUUUAGGUGUAAUUGUGUUGAGUUGUUUGGCAGUAUCAAGCUGGUUUGUGGUUUGCCGGUGGUGGUCCUGCUCGGCUAAAGGCUCAGUUAAUUCGCAGGUGUUAAAUGAUGGAAAGAAUCUGUCUCCUGAAGAAAACUGCCCAAACAGCUAUGAAAUGAAUAUAUCACAAUCACAAUCAAAUAUACUAGUUAAACCACUUGAUAAGAAGUCACUUGUUUUAUUAGUAAGAUUUCCAUUCCUGACAGAAUACCAGGAUAUCUUGCCAUUUCCAACACACGAUGAUGGCCUUCUUGCCAAAACCUUUGAACACAACAUCCAAGACGUUGCCCAUUUUUCUCUCUGGCAGCUCUAG